AUGUCAACCAACAAGGCGGCCCUCAAAGCCGCAAAAGUCGCGCUCGACGCGCGGAAAUGGGACGAAGCGAUCACGCAGGCGCAGGUCGUGCUUGCGUCGGAUUCGCAGAACUACUUUGCGAACCUCUUCCUCGGCCUCGCCCAACACAGAAAAGGCCAACCCGCCGAAUCCGCCAAAGCCUACGAGAGAGCUACGAAGAUCCGGCCGAGUGAUAGCCAGGCAUGGCAGGGCCUCCUCGCCCUCUACGAAGACCAAGGCUCCGCCCACCUAAACGACUACCUCACCACCGCCGCCCGCCUCGCCGCCCUCUUCGCCGCUGCAGACGACGCGCACCGCUGCCAAACCAUCGUGGACAAAGCCGUUGACCUUGCACGCGCCCAUGGCACAAGGGCACAGUACAAGCGCACGCUAGAGCUGCAGCUGCCGAGCAAUAGGGAGUUGUAUGCAGUGCUGGAGGGCCGCGUCCCGCAUCCUGCCCAUACGUAUUUGCGGCUUGCGGAGCUGACGGAGGCGGAGGACAAGGAGAGGAUUAACAGGGAGAUUGGGGAGCGGCGGACGCGGUUAGGGGCACGGCUGGGGGAGGUGACGAAGGAGGUGAAGCGUGAGGUUUACGGGCAAAGUGCGGUCGAGGAGUUGUGGAGGGAGGUGGUGAAUUGGACCACUGAUGAUGAGACGAGGAGGGUCUAUGAGGAGAAGUUACUGCAGCGGGCGUAUGAUGUGUUGGUUGUGCUGCCGCUGGAAAAGAAGGGGGAGAGGAGGAAGGAGGUGCUGGAGAUGGCGCAUGGGAUGGUGGUUAUCAAGCAUCCGUUCGAGUUGGCGUGGAGGCUGGAGCUUGAAUGGAGGGAUGUGGAGACGUUGGGGGAUUUUGACCAGGGGGUUGUGAGGGAGUUUGUGGGGUUCUUUUCGGAGAUGGGUUUGAGUAAGGUGUUGAGGGGGUUUUUGACGAGUGAUAUCGCGCCUUUUCCGCUGAAGGUGGACAGUCCGGAAGCGAAUGGGGAAGUAGACGAGGGUAAAGGCGUACCGCUCAACGCCGAGGAUAGUUUGCUUUUGAUGGCGGAGGGCUUGGACGAUGCGAAGGACUCCGCGCUGGCGCAUCGGCUUAUGGCGGAAUACUACCUGCAUCUGGAAGAGUACGAGACUGCGGUGGAGACUUCGAGGGACGGUUUGAAGGCGAUUGCUGCUGAGUCGCAGAAGUCAGGUCUCAAGUUUCAAAACAAUAUUGAUGCGGUCAGCAACACUCUGGCAACAGCUCUCAUCCAAUAUCAAUCACCACGUAAUCAUCCUGAAGCGAGGUCCAUAUUCGAUGCCAUCUUAGCACGAAAGCCGACCUUUACUUCGGCGUUGAUCGGCGUCGGUCUAAUCCUCGAAGAAGAAGAGGAGUAUGCUCAAGCCGUCGACUUCCUCUCAAGAGCAUUGGCUCGCGAUCCAGACAACGCUCGUAUCGGCGCUGAAGCAGCAUGGUGCAAAGCACUCGAUGGCGACUACAACCGUGGCCUUGAGGAGCUUGAGACGUAUCUGUCUAAGAUGGACCCGAAGGACCAGCGGAUGCGUGACCUGAGAUCACAGACCCAGUAUCGCAUCGGCAUGUGCAUGUGGGAACUUGACUCCUCUCGAGCGAGCCGCAAAGACCGAGGCGGUGCCUACGCUAGGUUUCUCGCGGCGAUUAAAACAAACCCGAACUUCGCGCCGGCUUACACCAGCCUCGGGAAGUACUACGCAGACUACGCGCAUGACAAGAAGCGCGCACGACAAUGCUUCCAGAAAGCGUUUGAGCUGUCGCCUUCCGAAAUAGAAGCAGCUGAGCGGCUGGCACGCUUCUUCGCCGACCAGGGCGACUGGGACAUUGUCGAGCUGAUCGCGCAGCGGGUGGUAGACUCUGGCAAGGUACGGCCUGCGCCCGGCUCCAAGAAGAAGGGCGUCAGCUGGCCGUACUCUGCGCUCGGCGUUGUGCAGAUGAACAAGCAGGAAUAUCAGAAGAGCAUCGUCUCGUUUUUACACGCGCUACGGAUCAGUCCGGAUGAUUACCACAGUUAUGUUGGGCUUGGAGAGAGUUACCAUAACAGCGGACGGUACAACUCUGCGGCUCGGACGUUCAGGUACGCGGAGAAUCCUGGCGAAGGGGUAAAGAUGAAAAAGGCGGACGAAAGUGCCUGGUUCACGAAGUAUAUGCUUGCCAACGUUAAUCGGGAGCUGGGCGAGUUCGAUGAAGCCAUUGAUGGGUAUAGAAAGGUACUUGAGAGUAAGCCAGAGGAGUUUGGUGUGAGCAUUGCUUUGCUCCAGACUCUCGUAGAAAGAGCGUGGCGACGCGUGGAAACUGGAUUCUUCGGGAGAGCUGCAGACAGUGCACUUGAAGCCCUGAAGGCAGCUUCGAACAUCGCUCGCUAUCGGCCAGACGCGUUCAACCUGUGGAAAGCCGUCGGAGACGCUUGCUCAGUCUUCUCAUCGGUCCAGGUUCGGCUGAGCGAUUUACCACGGGAGGAUCUGAAAGAGCUCUUGGAGACAGACAUCGACAUCAAGGAAUACGAUCUUUUCGCGGAAGCUGACAAUAUAGGGCAAGGCGGCUUGUCUCUCUUGACUGCGGAGAUGACCAACCCAGCAUUCGACAACCUCACUCGUUCCAUCGUUGCGGCGAUACUGGCGCAGAAGCGCGCAAUCUACGCCUGUGCUCAUGACGUUCAUGCUCAAGCUGUGGCGUGGUACAAUCUCGGAUGGAUAGAAUAUCGGGCGUAUACAUGCCUCGAGCAGCCACAGGAGCAAGACGGUCAAGCCAAGAAGACAACGCGAUACUUGAAAGCGGCAAUGCGUUGCUUCAAGCGCGCCAUAGAGCUGGAGGCAGGCAAUGCCGAGUUCUGGAACGCGCUGGGCGUUGUCACUACUCAGCUCAAUCCUAAAGUCGCCCAGCACUCGUUCGUCAGAAGCCUCCACCUCAACGAGAGAAGCGUGCGAGUGUGGACAAAUCUGGGCACUCUCUACCUCCUUCAGAAUGACCUCGAGCUAGCCCACCAGGCAUUCGCUCGUGCACAAUCGACAGACCCCGACUACGCCCACGCCUGGCUCGGCGAAGGCCUCCUCGCACUCCUAUGGGGCGAUACCAAAGAAGCCCUCGCGCAUUUCACCCACGCAUUCGAAAUCUCCGACUCAGCCUCAUUGAUCACAAAGCGCCAAUACGCCACCUCAACCUUCGACCACCUCCUCUCCUCCCCAACCCCCAACACCGCCAUCAACAACCUCACCCCCCUCAUCCAACCCCUCUUCGCCCUCCAACAGCUGCAUUCCCAGCGCCCCCACGACGCUCCCCAUCACCACCUCUCAGCCCUCUACCACGAACGCAUCGGCGCCCACGACGCCGCCAUCGACGCCCUAACAGCCAUCUGUGCAGCCGCGGAAGCCGACUACGAGGCUACGGAGUCCAGCGCAGCGCUCGCCCGCUUCGCACACGCCAAAACCGAUCUCGCGCGCAACCGCCUCGCGGCCCACGACUUCGCUGCGGCAGCCGAGGACGCGGAGAUGGCGCUGGACCUGCUCUCAGAGCCUGACAGCAGCGGCAUGGGUCCUGAUGUUUUUCGGAAGACGAUACUCUCAGCCCGCCUGACGACGGGACUGGCGCAUUACUUCGAGUCCCACACCGAUGACGCGAUUCAGGCAUUCCGCCAAGCACUUGGAGACUCAGGCGCCGCGCCCGACAUCGUCUGUCUGCUGGCGCAGGUCCUGUGGGCCAAGGGUGGGGAAGAAGAGAAGAGCGUUGCGAAGGAGCAGCUGUUCGAGGUCGUGGAGAAGUGGCCGGGUCAUGUGGGGGCGACGGUGUUGUUGGGUGCAACGGCUGCACUUGAAGAGAACCGGGACGUGCUGGAGGCCGUGCGAGAGGAUCUGAAGGGAUUGCGGAUGGGGAGUGGAUUGGCGGGGGCAGAAAAGGCGAGGGUGGAGGCGGUGCUGGGUGGGAUUGCGGCACUGGAGGUCGCUGAGGCGGAGGCAGAAGAAACGGAAUUGCAGCAGAGGAACGAAAUCUUGACAUCCAUCCUCCUUGCGCCGAGCGAGCCGCAAGGUUGGACGCAGCUGGCGGACAUGACUGAGGAGGCGUAUCCGGCUCUCAUGGCACUGAGCACGGCUAGAAGGGUGGUUCCGCCGCUGGGCUCGCUGAGUGCGGAGGAGCUGGCGAGGGCGUUUGCGGGGACGGGGAGGGUCGGGGAUGCGCAGAGAGCUGUAGUGCUAGCGCCUUGGAGGGCGGAGGGCUGGCAGGCGCUUUCGGAAGGGGUGAUGGGAAGGUGA